AUGGACCUGCCAUUUGAUAUUCAAGCGAGGGGCACUUUUUUUCUAUCCGGAGUCACAUGCUUCAUUGUUAAUGGUCGGCAGAUGUGCUACAGCUGCAACUACGUGGGCAACAUCCUGAGUCAAGGGUACGAGUGUGUCUCCUACCCCAAGAACUGGACUUAUGGAAACUGGAGACUAAGGUGUAACAGUAAAUGUACAACACAGAGUACAUACGAUAAGGACACCGGCAAGGCCACGUUUAUGGCGCGUGGAUGUAGCGGUUCCAUGGAGGUUCCUGAAGAUUAUUGUGAGGAAGACGACUUCAGUAUCCGCUGCUACUUCACCUGCGAAGACCACUACUGCAACGAUGGGCCCGGUAUCGACGACAGCUUCCUGGAUAUAAUCUCCGAUGGAGGAGGGUCCGCAAGUCGAGUGUCGCUUAUUACUGUUCUCCUGGAAACCCUUGUUGCGAUUUGUAUCAAGAUGUACCUGUAGUUGGAAGGCAUCACCUAAUGUGUAAACAUCCCUACCUGGGAGUUGUCAUGAGAAUUUCUAAUUUCCCCAUCAUGAGGUAUAUAUUUAAUAUAUUUUGUUUUAAAUUUCAAUAAUGUUAAUGAUCGAACAACUUCAUUCAGUAAAUAGAAACUAUUACACUCACAAUGCAAAUCCGUCAAAUUAUCGAUCAAACAGACAGACAACUUUAAAAAAACCUUUCGCUUAAGUGGAUUUGAAAAAUUACUUAAAUCAGUGAGUGAAUACACUUUAUAAAUUUGUUAUACCCGUUUUAAAGGUAGGUAUCUCUUCAGAUUUCAGUAUUUACUUAAAAGACAAAUGUAUUGUAUUUUUAACAAACAAUAACACAUUUUUAAUGUUACCCCUGUCUUUAUAUUACAAUGCUUGUGUGCUCAUAUAUAUGCCUAAUGUAAAUAGCAUCAGUUUUGAAGAAGAGUUAUUUCAGCAAGUUUUGUAAAAAACGUGCUUCCACAGUUAAUCAUGGAGCUGAAACAUGUUACAGCGAUCUUCUUUCUAUGUAACCGUUCUGUGCCUAAAGCAACAUCUUGCGUUAAAUUGAGUUCCAUGUUUACAAAAUGGGCAGCUGUUACAUCAGACAUUAAGUGCCUCGCUGGAAACC